UGGGCUCGGCGCGGCGCUGCAGGCUCCGGUCCCGGCUGCGUGCGCCAGUGCCUCCCCCAGCGCCGCCGCUCCCCGCUUCGCCGCUGGCGCCGGGCUGCGAGGGGCAGAGGCAGAGGCAUGCCCAGGCGGAGCAUCGCGGAGGUGAAGGUGCUGGACGUGCAGAAGCGACGCAUCCCCAACAAGCACUAUGUGUACAUUAUCAAAGUCACCUGGUCCAAUGGGUCCACAGAAGUCAUAUACCGACGGUACAGCAAGUUCUUUGACCUGCAGAUGCAAAUGCUGGACAAGUUUCCGAUGGAAGGAGGGCAGAAGGACCCCAAGCAAAGGAUCAUCCCCUUUCUGCCAGGAAAGAUCCUCUUCCGCCGGAGUCACAUCCGCGAUGUUGCAGUCAAGCGCCUGAUACCUAUCGAUGAAUACUGCAAGGCUCUGAUCCAGCUGCCUCCCUACAUCUCCCAGUGCGAGGAGGUUCUCCAGUUCUUUGAGACACGACCUGAUGACUUGACGCCCCCCAAAGAGGAGCCCAUUGGAAAGAAGAGGUCUGGGUUUAUCCAGAGAACGGCCUCUUUUCUGCAGAGAGGAGCUGACUCUGCGUCGGUCGACCCCUUGGUGCUGGAGCAGUAUGUCGUGGUGGCGGACUACCAGAAGCAGGAGAGCUCCGAGAUCAGCUUGUGCGUGGGCCAGUUGGUGGAUAUCAUUGAGAAGAACGAAUCAGGCUGGUGGUUUGUGAGCACGUCAGAGGAGCAAGGCUGGGUGCCGGCAACCUGCCUGGAAGCCCAGGAUGGUGUCCAGGAUGAGUUCUCAAUGCAGCCUGAUGAAGUCCCGUGGAGAUACUGGUCUCUGCCCAGGCACGUUGGCCGCCGUCGGACUCUUGGGGACUUGUACACCUGUGGAUGGGGUCAAGAGGAGAAGUACACUGUUAUUUACCCAUACACGGCAAGAGACCAGGAUGAAAUGAACCUGGACAAAGGGGCUGUGGUGGAGGUGAUCCAGAAGAACCUGGAGGGCUGGUGGAAAAUCAGGUACCAGGGCCAAGAAGGCUGGGCCCCCGCCUCCUACCUCAAAAAGGGAAAUGGAGACAUGUUCUCACAGAAGCUGGCGUCAGGCUCCUCCGCUCAUUCGUGUGCCUUGGAUCUGGAUGGCAUCUCCCGGCAGCAGGUCGCGGCGAGCCGAGAGAAGGAUGGGCUUGCUGGCCAAAGGGACGGGAGAUUCGACAGCCGUCCCCUGCCCAAUGCUGACAUCCGACGCAAAUCACCAAAGAUGAGGCAGAGACCCCCUCCUCGCCGAGAUCUCACCAUACCACGUGGUUUGAACCUGCCUAAACCUCCUGUCCCUCCUCAAGUGGAAGAGGAAUAUUACACCAUCGCUGACUUCCAGACCACCAUCCCUGAUGGCAUCAGCUUCCAGGCAGGAAUGAAAGUAGAGGUUAUUGAGAAGAACCUGAGCGGCUGGUGGUACAUUCAGAUUGACGAGAAGGAAGGCUGGGCCCCCGCCACAUUCAUCGAUAAGUACAAGAAAACCAGCAAUGCAUCCAGGCCGAAUUUCCUGGCUCCGCUACCCAACGAGAUGGCCCAGCUCCGGCUUGGCGACGCCGCGGCCGACGGCAGCACCAGCGAGGAAGUGACGGGCCCGUGCCGUCCUCUGCCGGAGGCUCCUCCUAACGGUACGGACUGUGGUGGGAAGUGGGCCAAAGACUGGAAGGGGAAGGAGGCUCCCGAGAGCGGGGACCUAGCCUUUGCCGGUGGCUACGAGGAGAUCUCGGACCGUGACACAGAGGAGAAGCCCAGCCUGCCGCCCAGGAAGGAGUCCAUCAUUAAAUCAGAAGGCGAGUUACUGGAGAGGCAGAGGCCUCCCCCCAAGCCCCCAGGCAUGAUUUUGCCUAUGAUCCCACCCAAGCAGUCGGCGGCCCCGAAGGACAGCAAGAAGCCCGAUCUGAAACCAGAGAAGGGCAAACUCUUCCAGCUGAAAAACGAAAUGGGACUGGAAUGUGGACACAAGGUGUCAGCCAAGGAGGUGAAGAAGCCAAACCUCCGGCCCAUUGUCAAGCCAACCAAGCCAAAAGCCGAGCCUGCGGAGGACAAGCCUGAGCCCAUCGCCCAGAAUCCGUUCUUGAAGUCAAGACCUCAGAUCAGGCCAAAACCCGCCGCAGGCCCCCGGACUGACCCACCUCCAGCUGAUGAUAAACUGGACAUUUGCAGCCUGCGGAGCAAGCUUAGACCUGCAAAGUGCCCAGAGAAACCCUCCGAGCAGGACCCCGCUGCUGGUGAAAACUCCUUCAGUAAUGCCAUGGUUUCUUCAGAGGCUUCUGGAAGGUUUCAGGAGCGACCCAGCAUGGACAGCAAACCCCUGCCCAAGCUGGACAGCCACGCCACGAAAGAGGCACUGCCCAAAUCUCCCCUGGGGCCAGCAAACACCCCGGGUGCCAGGGAGCCCCCGCCGCAGCGCCCCAUUGUGCCACCUCGCAGACCACCCCCCCCCAAGAAAACGGGGGGUCCUGCCUCCGGCCCCACAGUGGAGCUGAGGGCCCCGGCACGGGAAGUACCCGAAAUCAGGUCAUCCCCGGUGCCGGGGAGGCCCAUGCUGGUUCCUCCGAAAGCCAAGCCGUUCCUCUCUGCCUCCAUCCAAGACGAAGCCAAAGUGAAAAGCAGUGUAAGCCCAAAGGUCAUAUCCAAGCCAGUGGAGAGAGGGGAAGCCAAGGAGAGGACCUCAGCCCCUGUCUCCGGUCCAGAUGUCUCCAGGGAAGCUCUCUAUGUGGCAGUGGCGGAUUUUGAAGGCGACGAGGAGACCAACAGCUUUAAAGAAGGGACUUUGUUUGAAGUUCGUGAGAAGAACAGCAGUGGCUGGUGGUUUUGCAAGGUCCUGACUGGGAAUCCGUGCUGGGAGGGCUGGAUCCCUUCCAAUUACCUACGGAAGAAGCCAUAGCCGCUCCUCUGCUUGCACAGCUGGAGGUUCCCUGGUCUCUCACCUGAGUAUUUAAUUAGCAGAUUAAUUUAUAGUUUUAUGUGAGGCUGGCUUUAAAAAACAAGAUAAUAAUUGAGAUCCCACACAUUCCAGUUGGUGCCUGUUGGCAGCAGCGUGGAGGAAGCAUCUCUGCCUCCCCUCCCCACCCGUGUGCUCCCAUCCAUCCUCCUCCUUGCAUCCCCCCCAAGCACUGCGCUCCUGUGGCCAUACUGGCAGCCCAGCUGUGCAGCUGGGGCUGCUCUGGCCAAACUUCAUGGAAUACGAUGGCUACCAUGGUUCUCCGUGCUAGGGAGAUGGACCUUGAUUGACAUUUUUGCCACUUGUAUGGGAAGUUAAAAAGAAAUAAGGCAGUAGCCAGGGAGAGAAGUGGAGCGUGGAACAGUACCAAUGAAGGAAAUCUGGCUGCACAAAAGGAUUUGCCUUUCCCUGAGGCUCAGGGUCACGGUCCAAUGUUGUAGGUCACGUUGCUUAGUCCAGGUGUGUAGCAGAGCCAUAGGGAACAUUGCAAACAGGAGGAAUGAUUGCUGAGAACAGGGUCCCUGUAGCUCUGCGUGCAUGUGCAGGCACAGGCAUUGUGCUCUGGUUAAGGGCUGUGCCUUGCUCCCCCCCCCGUGCAUGCCACGGGACCAUCCCUUGGUCUUCCCUGCUCUACAACGACAAGUGUUAACUUCAACAUUCUCCUGGUGGAAACAAAAAUACAGAAAAAUACACACACACAUCUAUAACAGGUCCUCUCUGUGCUGAUCCAAGACGCUAUGCAGGAUUCUCCCUUGCAGUAUUGCAACCAAACAACAAGAGGUAUUUUGCUUCAGUAGCUGAAGAAUACUAUGCAAGGCACAGAGGACCAAAAUGACCCCAAAAGCCCUGGAAAGAGGAUGCUUUGCUUUCCUUUCCCCCCAAACUGCCCUGCCUGUUGGACUAAUGGGGACCACCCGUUCCCGUGACCCACAGAGCUUCCCUGGGCUGGCGGGCAGCAGCCAGGAGGUGGGUCCUUCAGUAGGUGCUGAUAUUAUCAAGUGCAAUCCAGAACGUGGGAGUUCAGCUCCUUAUCACAACCAGUUGCGAGGCUUGUCUGGUGCUCAGGGGCUCCCUGCCUUGUUUGUCACCCCAUCUGCCUGUCUUCCAGGUAACUUUCAUUUCAUCCUGCAUGGUGGGCCGUUUGGGGGGGCUUCAGGUCAAGCAGAGCCUGGGGUUUUUCUGUGCUGACAUUCCUGCCUGCCAAGCCUAAUCUUGCCCGCAGUGUUGCUUAUCCCAGCAGGAGGAUGAGCGUGGAUGAGCUGUCAUUCCCCAGUGCUGCUUUCUUCCCUUCUGUAGUUGGCUACUUGCAGAUUCAGGGCUAAACCUCUCUCUCCGGAAGAGCUUUAAACCUGGUGCUUCUGUGGGUUUCUUGCUGACCAAGACCCUUUGCCCUUUCUAGUCUAAUUGCAAGUGCAAACACUGCAGCUGCAGCUCCGCAGCCACAUUGUUUUGCUGCUGGAAAAAAAAUCAUAGUUUUCCCUCUAAUUUGAGGCUUGGAGAAUUGAAGGAGUGUUCUCCACUCCCCCAAAAUGCUCGCUUCCUUCUCUGUUCCAUAUUUUCUACCCUGGAAACAGAGUUGGAGAUAUCUCUGUCUGUGUACAGAAUGACAAUGGUUGUGCCUCAGGCCAGGGUCGUUCUGGGAGGGUGACGGGGCGGUUUGUCCCAGCCCUGGUUUGAUCUGAUAGAGAAGCCCUGACCAUUCCAGUCCAACCUCAUAUCCAGAAGCCCCAAGGUUCAUUUUUAGCCAUGGGUAUUCACGCACCCCAGUCUCUGGCUGAUUCCUCUCCCUCCCACCUACAGUUUUCCCUGGUGGCACGUCAGCCUCUGAUCAGGCUGACUCACCUGAGCUGGCAAUAAGCAAUACAUUUGCAACCCAAUCCAAUAACAAAAUUCCUUGCAUGGCACAUUGAGAGGUGUUGAUGUGCUCCUGGGAGAGUUCCAGGGUGGGUUGGGGGAACAAUGCUGCCUUGUCUCUGCGCAUCUCUUGCUCCAGUAAAUCCCUUUUGCUUUGGAAAGGAAUGGGGACAGGAUGAGUUAAGCCAGAGCUGCCCAGCGGCCAAAUCCAGCCCCCACCGUAUCUUGGGAGGAGGCUGGACCUGUGUCCCCCCAUCCACUCUGGCAGUUUCACGCAGGAGGGUGGAAGGGCUGUGUGCCCUUUCCCUGUGGCACUGUGUCCUUGCUCCCUCUUUGCUGAACGGCCUUUUAAUCUCAGAAGUGUCUCUCCUUUCUCCAUCUCAGAGACCUCACUGCCCCCAGCUUUCCUCAGAGGGGACAAUGCUAUUUCUGUGGCCUCUGUGCUAAAUGAGGGCUAUUUCUGCUUUCCUCCCAGACUGAACCUCAGAACUGGUAGUGCUUCAUUUUGCUGACACAAGUACUGUAUUUGGCUCAUUGAGCGCGUGACGGGAUCGCUCCCUUGUUCCCAAAGAGCUUCCAAGAAGGCAGGGUGAGUGCCCAAGUGGAGGGUCACCCUCAGUAGGGUGCCGACACCUGCAGCCUUACCCCUUCCCACUACUCUUUCAUCUGCAAAAGCGACCACAGGCUGCACAAUGCCUCCUGUCAGGAAGAUGCCGAGAGCCAUCGGGCUGGCAGGGCUUUGCCUCCCCCCAUCCGACAUGUGC